AUGGUGAGACAAAAGUAUCUUUCAACAACCGAAAUGGUGACUGGUUUUGAACGCAAAACCAACAACCCUAUUCAGCAAAUCACUCCGCAACCCGGAGACUCUCGCGUUUACAGGCCAACAAAGUACGACGUUUUGUGUGGCCGGGGUGCUCCAAUUCAGAACCAUGAAGGCAAUGUCCGCAUGCGUCGUUUGGUUUCCAGGUAUACCAAGCGUUACAUGGACUCGCGAAAGUAUCGCAAGCAGCUUGUCGCUGAAGAAGCCGUCCGCAGAGUCAAGAGGGCCGCAAAGGGCGUUACAAGAGCUCGUUUCCUGAGACGUGUUGGUCGCGAAAACUACUGGGAAGAAGUCGAUGAUCGAAUUGCCAGUGACAAAGUCAGCCAUGCCCUUCGCUGUUUUGUUCGCAAGCUUGAAGAGGGCAACGAGACUCUUGUAUCUGACAAUGAGGAUGACAGCAGUGUUGGUGAGACUGAGAGUGAUACUGAAGAAGUUCCUUCUUCUGUCUCUCAAGAAUCAAAGGCCCCAACUUCCUCUGUAGUCUCCUCCAGUGCACUUGAGAAGAGUGCAUCUGGAGUCGAGGCCUUGAAGAGGACCAGUCCUAUUCAUACCCAACCAUUGGGUCUGACACAAUUCACAGCAUCACUUGAUCCACUCUUUGGAUCUCACUCAGCCUUUGCCGGCAUGCUGCCGCCUUCAAGUUUCCGAAGUGCCUUAGGAGUACCAGGAAUGCUGUCACGGUUGGUAACCCCUCCCGUGCCAUCUGGCAUCGGCAGCUCGGGCCAUCCAAUCUCUGCGGCAGAGGCCGAGUUGGACUACCGCAUGAAGCUACAACGCUUGUCAACCCGAGGACUCAUGGAUCUUGUUGCUGCCGAACGUUCUAGUGGUGCCCCACCAACUGAUCCACUUGCAAGCUCUCUCACGAGUAGUGCCUAUGCAACUGCUCGCAUGGAACAGCAAUUGCUCCACCAACGCAUUUUGAACCGUGCUCGCAUGGCAGAACUUCUCACCAAGGAACACAUGAUUGCUGCUGAAGCUGCUGCCGAAUCACCAAAAGAAGUAGCCUAA